UAGCAGAGAGGAGCUAGAGCCCUAAGUACAUGUCGUCGUGGCAGCCGGAGAGGUUUUGGCGCCCAACUUUUUUGCAAUUUGGCCCUUUUCGGGUUUUUUUCCCACAUUUAUGCCCCUGGCAGUUUCAUUUCAAAAAAUGGACCCUUAGCUCGGCGCCGUCAUCAUUGGCGCCGAGCAUGUGUGUGCCGGCGCCAAUACUAUUGGCGCUUAUACGUCAGACGCCGGUGUGAUCUGGAUUGACGUGGCACGUACCUCGGCGCCAUAGAUCUUGGCGCCGAGGUAGGCGCCCGGUCAACGACGCCUACCUCGGCGCCAAGAUCUAUGGCGCCGAGGUACGUUCCUAUAAAUAGUACCCUACGUCUGGCUUGUUGCUGUGCUCAUUUCAAUUCUUCUAAACUAGAGAUGUCUAGGCGUGGUAAAUAUGCUAAACAAAGGAAGGGUCCUUUGACCGGAACUGCCUUCGACCCGCUGCCUUUGCCAAGUGGUGUUCCAGUGCCUAUGUGUUUUUGUGGUGAUCCUUGUAAGGUCGAUAAGUCUGAAGAUCAUGACACCUAUCGACAGAGGUAUUGGAUGUGUGCUAACUUUGCAUUUGAGCCAACUGUUGUUCAACGUCGGAUGAAUUUAAUGACUCCUCCACCGCUAUGUGUUUUUGAGCAGUGGAUUGACACCGAAAUAUCAGAGAAAGAUAAGAAGUGGCUGGAGAAUCUUCAAAAGUGGGAUGCAGAGGACAAAGAGAGGAUGAAAAAAAGACGAGAGGAGCUUGCUGCCGAGCAACAACGUGAAGACGAAGAGAAAAUGAGGCGUGUUGCUGAAUGCAGGGAAGAUAAGGAGAAGAAGCUUGAGCGUGCACGUCGUGCAAAGGAAGCAAUGGAGGAGAACCCUGAUGCAUUUCGCAAAGGCAAAUGGCCCCGUUGUACUCAGUAGUAUUGGUGUUUUAUUUGAAGUUAUGUAAUAAUGAACUUAUUAUUCGGUAAUAUGUAUUGUCGAACAAUGAUAUUUCGUAA